AUGUUGCGAACCAUCCCCGUUUGUCGACCCUCCUUCGCUGGUCGUUCUCUUCGUUCGUUCCCUUCUCUCACUGUUAGGCGAGUAGCGCCACAACAAUCUAGAUCGUACGCCGUGGCUGCUCCUGCAGUAGGGUCAUUCGGUCAAGUAGAUGGUGAACCUACUCUCAACUCUCCAUCAGAAUUGGCCAGACGAAUCUCAGCUAAAGUCUUACCUAAGUUGGAGAAACCUGAUGUGAAGAAAGUCUUAGUUGUAGGAAGUGGUGGUUUGAGUAUUGGUCAAGCGGGAGAGUUUGAUUACUCUGGCUCGCAAGCUAUUAAAGCACUUCGGGAAUCUAAUAUAUCAACAAUCCUCAUCAACCCAAACAUUGCAACCAUUCAAACAUCUCAUCACUUGGCAAAUGAAAUUUACUUUUUACCGGUGACAGCAGAUUACGUAGCAUAUGUAUUGGAAAAAGAAAGACCGGAUGGUAUCUUAUUGACAUUUGGUGGUCAAUCAGCUUUGAACGUUGGUAUACAACUUGAUAAAAUGGGUGUACUUGAAAGAGUAGGUGUCAAAGUCUUAGGUACUCCAAUUAGAACUUUGGAAGUCUCAGAAGAUAGAGAUUUGUUCGUUCAAGCUUUGAACGAAAUCGAUAUCCCAGCUGCUCAAUCAACAGCUGUGUCAACUAUUCAAGAUGCUCUUAACGCAGCUAAAGAAAUCGGUUAUCCCAUCAUUCUUCGUUCCGCGUUCUCUCUCGGUGGUCUCGGUUCAGGUUUCGCUCACGAUGAAGAAGAACUUCGAAAUCUUGCUGCCAAAUCUCUUUCCCUGUCUCCCCAAGUACUGAUUGAGAAAUCUCUCAAAGGAUGGAAAGAACUUGAAUACGAAGUCGUCCGAGACGCUGCCGAUAACACCAUUAUCUGCUGUAACAUGGAGAACUUCGAUCCUCUCGGUACACACACUGGUGAUUCUAUCGUUGUCGCACCUUCUCAGACUCUUUCCGACGAUGAAUACCAUAUGCUUCGAAGUGCCGCUAUCAAGAUCGUACGACAUGUCGGUGUUGUCGGUGAAUGUAACGUUCAAUAUGCUCUCGACCCUCACUCUCGAGAUUACCGAGUCAUCGAGAUGAACGCUCGUCUUUCUCGAUCUAGUGCCCUUGCUUCGAAAGCUACUGGAUACCCUCUUGCAUAUACUGCCGCCAAGAUCGCUCUUGGACACACUCUUCCAGAGCUUCCCAACGCCGUCACUAAAUCGACCACUGCUUGUUUCGAACCUUCUCUUGAUUACAUCGUUACCAAGAUGCCUAAAUGGGAUUUGGCCAAAUUCCAACAUGUUGAGCGAAACGUUGGAUCAGCCAUGAAGUCAGUCGGUGAAGUCAUGGCUAUCGGUCGAACAUUUGAAGAAUCGUUACAAAAAGCUAUUCGACAAGUAGACCCCAACUUCUUUGGAUUUGACGCUUAUUGGAAACCUGAAGAUAUGCAAACUGCCCUUGCUGAAAACAACGAUCGACGAUUAUUCGCCAUUGCUCAUGCCAUGUUGAAUCUCGACUAUACCGUUGAUCGAUUACAUGAGAUUACCAAAAUCGACAAAUGGUUCUUAUACAAACUCGAAAAUAUCGUCACUGUUUAUAAACAACUCCAAUCUACUCCAUUCAAACAAAUAGACAAAGAUCUUAUACUCACAGCUAAGAAAACUGGUUUCUCAGAUUUACAUAUAUCUCAAUUGACCGGUGUCAAAGAAGGUGAAGUGCGAUCCAAACGAAAAUCAUUUGGUGUAACUCCAUUUGUCAAACGUAUCGAUACGCUCGCUGCUGAAUUCCCAGCAUACACAAAUUACCUUUAUACCACAUAUAACGCCUCAACACAUGAUGUCGACUUUGACGAGAAUGGAACUAUGGUCUUAGGUUCAGGUGUAUACCGAAUUGGUUCCUCAGUAGAAUUCGAUUGGUGUGCAGUAACUUGUUCUAGAGCAAUCAGGGAUUUGGGUAAAAAAACAAUCAUGAUCAACUAUAAUCCCGAAACUGUAUCUACCGAUUUCGACGAAGCCGAUAGAUUGUAUUUCGAAGAGUUGAACUUUGAGAGAGUUAUGGAUAUUUACGAAAUGGAAAAUGCCGAAGGUGUAGUCGUCAGUGUGGGAGGUCAACUGCCUCAAAACAUUGCUCUUCGACUUAAGAACUCCGGUGUCAAUGUUCUCGGUACUGAUCCCGAACAAAUUGACAACGCCGAAGAUCGACACAAGUUCUCUUCCAUCUUGGACUCUAUCGGCGUUGAUCAACCUGCAUGGGUCGAAGCCACCUCCUUAGAAUCUGCUAAAGCUUUCGCUGCUAAAGUCGGAUACCCAGUACUUAUUCGACCAUCUUACGUCCUUUCAGGAGCAGCCAUGAACGUCGUCUGGGAUGAAGCUUCAUUAGAUAAAAACUUAACUGCAGCCACAGAUGUGUCACCUUUACAUCCAGUAGUCAUCUCUCAAUUCAUCGACAACGCCCAAGAAAUCGAUGUGGACGCAGUAGCUCACAAUGGUCAAUUACUAGUACAUGCCGUUUCAGAACAUGUCGAAAACGCAGGUGUACAUUCAGGUGAUGCGACAUUGGUCUUACCACCUUUCUCAUUACCCGAAAGUGACAUGGAUAGAUUCAAGGAAAUCGCUCAAAAGGUAGCUAAAGCUUUCGAAAUCUCCGGUCCAUUCAACAUGCAAAUCAUUAGAAAACCAGAAGAAAAUGGUCUCCCAGCAGAAUUGAAAGUCAUCGAAUGCAAUUUACGGGCUUCUAGAUCAUUCCCAUUUGUCUCCAAAGUUUUAGGUAAAAACUUUAUCGAUAUAGCUGCCGCUGCCAUCAUGAACGAGAACGUACCUGCUCCAAUCGACUUGAUGAAAGAACAGAGAGAUUACGUCGCAAUCAAAGUACCUCAAUUCUCCUGGACUCGAUUACCAGGUGCCGAUCCUUUCUUGGGUGUUGAAAUGGCUUCUACAGGUGAAGUCGCAUCGUUCGGUAAAGACGUUCAUGAGGCAUACUGGGCUGCAUUACUGUCUGUCAACGGAUUCAAAUUACCUAAAAAGAACUCUGGUAUCUUGUUAGGAGGAGAUAUCUCCAGGACUGAAAUGCCAACGAUAGCAAACAACCUGUUAUCUCUUGGAUUCAAAUUAUACACAUACGAUGGAAAAGUCGAAAACUUCAUCAAUGAACAACCAAACUUAUCAAUCAAGAAGAUAUACGUACCCGUGAAAGAUAAGAGAAAGCUCAGAGAAGUGUUGGAAGAGAAUGAAAUCUCAUGCGUUAUAGAUAUAGCCCGAUCCAGAGCUGUAUCUACUUCUGAAGCUGAAUACGCUGCCAGAAGAGCUGCUGUCGAUUUCGGUAUUCCUCUUAUCAACAACGCUAAACUCGCCGUCUUGUUCACAGAGACAUUACAAAAGAAAUUCCACAAAUCACCUUUACCUUAUAUCGAAGGAACCAACCCACCUGAAGUUAAAUCAUGGAGGGAGUUCGUAGGUGAAGAGAGGGCUUAUUGA